AUGGCGACGAGCACCGUCGCUGCAAAUGCUAUAAAGGGCAGCAGUACUAUGCUGUCGCUUUCUUCCUUAUGGAGAACUAGGGCCUAUGGCUCCUUUUCUUCCUUGGUAACUCGUUCUUCUCUCAUUACUCAAUCCAAAUUCCCCAUUUUCUCCAUCUCCCCAUCACCAUCCCGAGAAAGAAGAAGAAUCUCAUAUCCCUUCUCUUCUUUUUGCACCGCUUCUACUGAUGAAGCAGUGACGGAAUCCGUGGCAACCACUUCCGGUGAUGCUUCUGGUAACAAUGAAAUAAAUGUUAAGGUCGCUGCCGGCUUGCUUGACAUAAGGGUUGGGAGAAUUCUAAGGGCGUGGAAACACGAGGAGGCUGACUCUCUUUAUGUGGAAGAGGUGGAUAUUGGUGAGCCAGAGCCCAGAAUCAUUUGCAGUGGCCUUGUCAAAUACAUUCCUCUUGACCAUCUUGAGGGCAAAAAAGUAACUGUCCUUUCCAAUUUGAAGCCAAGGAACAUGCGUGGUGUCAAGUCUUCUGGCAUGCUCAUGGCUGCUUCUGAUGCCAAGCAUGAGAAUGUUGAACUUCUUUUUCCUCCUGAGGAAGCAGCCCCUGGGGAAAGAAUAUGGUUUGGGUCAGAAGAUGAAAAGGAAAAUCAACCUGCUCCUGCGACUCCCAAUCAGAUUCAAAAAAAGAAGACCUGGGAAUCCGUACAGCCUCAUCUUAAGACAGAUGCUUCUUGUAUAGCAAUGCUCGGGGAGCAUGUAAUGCGGACAUCUGCAGGUGCAGUGGCAUGCAAAUCAUUGCAGAAUGCAAACAUUUCCUGA